AUGUUAAAAGAUACAUUGAUUGAAAAGUCACUAUUCUCAUUAGUCACAAUAAUUGCUAUAGCCUCUUGCUAUUAAUUUAAUGAAGAUCUACUAAUCCCUAGCUCUUAUCCUUUAGAAUCAACAGUUAGAUAUGACAUAGGGGAUUUGAUUUCUUUUGAAUUUUGGAGCUUCUAUAUUACAUUUUAGAUCCCUCAAUCUUAUCCAUAAGUUGAAUAAAAAUUAAACCUUGAUAAUCCUAAGCAAUAGUUGCUAUUUUUUAUGAAAAGUUUAGAUGAUAAUCAAGUGUUAGCUUUGAUGUAUACGAAUGUAAUAACGGAUAAUUAUAUAAUUCAUUCACUUUUUGUUGGGGAUCAAAAUGUUGAAAUUGAAUACGAUCCAAAGAAUUACGAAGGAGUUUGGAUAAUCACUAUUAUCACCUUAGAAUAUGAUCGUCUAAUUUACGAAACAAUAGGAAGUCUCAAUAUUAAUUAUCAAUAAUUAUUUCUAUAUAAACCUAAUUCAGUUGAAUUUUUUGUUGGAGGAACUGGAAUUGUAAUAUAUAUCAAUAUUUCUAGAUAAAUAAUCAAUUUGAAUUAGGAAUUUUUCGUGGAAGAUUAUCCAGGAUUUUUAUUCAAGAAUAUUAUAGAUACCCUUGGGAUAUAUAUGAUGGAACAAUAUAUUGGCUAAGACUAAAUGAACAUGAAAAAAAAAUAAAUUUAAUUCCAGGACUAGCAUAUUUUGAUGGAGUUAUUUAAAAAGAAUUUGAAUUUGAUUAGUUUGGUAGGAAAUUCUGUUUAUCCGGUUGGGUAAAAUAUUAUUUGUAUGAUGCAUACUCUUUAACAUAGUAUUUAUUAGUUCGACUAACAAUAUUUAAAAAUUACAAAGAUGAAAUAAAUUUAGGAGAUGAAAUAGUAAAAAUAAUAGUUAAUUUGGAUUUAUCAAAUUAAAAUAAUUGUGGAUAUGAAGUUAUAUCACAUCAUUAUUUUAUGCCAUAUCCGAAGUAUUUAGAAUAAGAUUCAGCAAAUGAUAAAAUAAUUUUGAGACAAGAUUUACCUUAUUAACAAUUAUUAGCAAAAUGGCAUUUUUUUUCAUUUGAAUAUGGACUAUAAAAUUAGCAAACAAAAUCAUAAUUUAGAUUAAGCUAUUAUCAAAAUUAAAAUUUGAUUACACAUAAUUAUUUUAUGGGAAACGAUUAAUAUAGUAGUUUAUUUAUUAAUACAAAAUAUUAUGCCAUAUUUGGAGGAGAUUAUACUAUUUAUAAAAAAUUGAAAGGAUAAUUAGCUGACAUUUAAUUUAUCUCAAAUUAUUAAAAUGAUUUAAAUCUAGAUUAUUGUAUCAUUAUGAAAUAUACUUAGAUUGCCAUGAUAGUUGUUAAACUUGUUAUGGUCCAUUACAUACUAAUUGUUUAUCCUGUUACGAUGAUAGUAGAAGAGUAUUUCUGGAAGAAUAUCAUCAAUGUGUUUGUCCAAUAGAUUAGAUAGAAAUAAAUUAGAUAUGUAAAUCUUAUUCUGACCUAUUUCCUUCGUUAAUCUAUGGUGAAAUUAGUUUAGAUGUAUCAAAUUCUGAUUGUCCUUUUGGAUAUUUUUAUUUACCAACCAAUUAAUAAUGCAUAUAAUGGUAAUUAUUGUUAAUAAUAUAGUCCUCAAUGGAAUUUAUAUAAUUUAUAUUGCAUAGAUUGUUUAUUAAAUUCUAAAAAUUGGUACAUUAAACCUAUUUGUACUAAGGAUUACAUAACUUAACAAUUAUCAUAAACAGAUGAUGCUUAUACAUAAUAAGUAAGAUCUGUUUUAGAUUAUGAUCUUUAUAAUAUUGAUGAUAGUUAUAAUUUGAAUUUAAUAGAAGGAGUAUAUGAUUAUUGUGAUAUAACAGAAAUAUAAAUUGAAAAUUGUUUUCAGUUAGAUGUUAAUCAUUUAUCAAAAACAGCCUUUGGGUUUUGUAAAGAAAAUCGUUAUUACUCUAAUUUUAAAUGUAAUUUAUUAGAUGCAGCAUGCAAAAAAAUAAAUUAAAAUACAUAAAAAUGUACUGAAUGUUUGAAUGGAUAUUAUUUAUCAGAUGAAAGUAAUUCUUGCAUUCUAUGUCCAAGUUCUUGUCCAAAUUGUCUUAGUUUAACUGAAUGCUUAUCUUGUGACACAGGUUUCGGAUUGGUAAAUAAUUAAUGCUUAAAAUGCGGGAAUUUUUGUAAAGUUUGCUAAUAUUCUAAUGAAUUAGAAAUUAUGAUUUGCUUAAGCUGUUUAGAUAAUUAUUUUUAUUAUAUAUCCUUGAAUUCUUAAGACUGUAGAAUUAAUGAAAUAAAAAAUUGCUUAAUUGCAUUUGAAAGUGCUGAAUCAGAUACUCUUAUAAAUUCAUUAGAUUAUAUGUUUUAACCUUAUUACUAUUUGACAAUAACUAUGUGUGCAAAGUGUGCAGAUGGCUAUUAUUUUGAUGAAUAAAAUCUACUCUGUAAUUAGGGAGAAUAGUAAAAGUGUAAUUAAGUUUAUAUCUCGAAAUUAGGAUUGUACAAUUAGAUUAAUUGCUUAUAUGGUCCUUAUAAUUCAAACGUUAUGAUAUAUUCAUUUACUGAUGAAUGUCCAAGAUUGAAAUUACACUGUUUAUACUGUGUGGUAGAAUAAUUAACAUCAUACUUUGUGGGUUUUGAAAGAGUUCCAAAAACAGUUUCCUAUUCUUGUCUUGUUUGUCAAAAUGGUUAUUAUGCUGAAAAGAAAACAGGAUAAUGUCUAUUAUGCCCAUAAGAUUUACAUUGUUUAAGUUGUUUUUAGUAAAACAAAAUUUCUAAAGAUAAUUGGAAAAAUGAAAUUCGAGCAUUUUAUAGAGUAUUUGUAGAUUUAGAAUUUUUUACGCAUAAAUUUACUGAAUAUGGAAUAAGUCAAAAUGAUCUUGAUUAUGAAAUCCUUUGUACAAUAUGCUAAGAAGGAUAUGAACUGCAUGAAAAUCAAUGUAUUGAAAUUUGUCCAGAAUCAUGUUUAAAAUGUAUAUUGUAAAAUAAUAAAAAUAUUUGUGUAAAAUGUCCUUAAGGAUUAAAAAUUAGAAAUAGAACUUUGAUAAAUAACCAAUGUAUUUCUUGUCCAAAUAAUUGUAAUUCAUGUUAUGAAAGAGAUAAACAAGAUGUACAAUCUAUUAAUCCACUUUUUAUAAACCAAGAAUUUUUUAAUUACUCAUUUUAUUGUAUAGCUGGAUCCACUGGCUAUUUUGAUUAGGAAUUAGGAAUUUAUGCUGAUUGCGAAUUUGGUCCAUGCAUUAAAUCAAUUGUUUUAAACUUAAAUUUAAUUUGUAAUAAUGAAGAAUACUAUCAAUAAUUAAAUUCAUUAGAAACAGAGGAAGAAAAAAAAUCAUUUUAACAAUCAAAUAUUUUGAGUGAUCAAUUAUUUUCUUCAUCAAGUUUUGCUUAAGUAACAAUAAUAUAUAUUAAUUUAGUUUGAGACUUAAGAAUUUUACUUAUUAGCUAAUUAGAAAUCAAUUAAAUAAAUUUUGAUAAAAAUUACUAGUUAUCAACAUUAAACAUGCUCAGUUCUUGAUAAAUAAUAGAUUUCUUAGAAUUUUAGUUCCAAUAUUUUCACAGCAAUGUAAUAAUUGUUAUUAAACUAAAUUAGAUAGGUUGAACUUGAAAUUUUUGGAAAUGAAUUUACAACUUUUUAAUUUUAACAAUAAUUAGUAUUUGCUAAUUUUAAAAGAGUGCACAUCGAAGGAAUUGAAAUUGAUAUUGAUUUUUUCACAUAUGGUCCAAAUAUACUAAAGUUUAAAAGUGCAUUUGAGCAAACCAUUGAAUUAAUUAAUAUUCUAUUUUGGUAAGAUGAUCCCAGAAUUACUUUUUAAACUAUUUUUCAAAAUACAAAAAAUGUUUAUAUUUCAAACUUUAUUGUGAAAAAUUGCGCUAGAUAAUUUUAUAUUGAGUAUUUUAUUAAAAUAGAACAAAUACAAUCAAAGUAAACUGUAAAAAUAGAGAAUUUCAAUGUUAUUUAUAGUUAAUUUUGGGAUUUACAUUUUUUUUGGUUUGAUCUCAAAAAAGAUGAUUUAGUAGAAUUGAAUUAUAUAUAUAUUGAGACAUCACUUUUUAAUAUGGGAUUUAUAAACUAAACUAAUGGUGAAUUGAGAAUUUUCUAAAUGAAGAUUAGUUAUUCUGAUUUUUAUUCUAAUAAUGGCUUGUUUUUAAUUAAAAAUUUAUAAUACUUCAAUUUUGAUUCAUUAGAAUUUAUUUCAAAUACAGUACACUAUGGUAAAAUAAUCGCUAUUAAUAAUUAUUCAGAUUUGAUGAAUUUAAACUUUAGCUUAAAUUAGUUUAAAGAUGGUGCAUAGUUAAUUGUUAAUGAUAAAGUUGAAAUUUUUUAUAUCUAUAUUGGGAACCUUGGAUUCUAUUUAAAUAAAUAUCAUGAAAAUGCAAGAUUUAUAAAAUUUACUUAAAAUAUAAUACCUAAUAGGGAAUUAAUAAUAAACCAGCUAUCAAUAGUUGCAAACAAAUUUAUUUAACAACCGUUACAAACAGUUUUUGAUAUUUUAGAAAUGAGUUUAAUUUAUUUAGAUGUAAUUUCAGUUAAAAUUGAUCAUUUGAUCAUUCAAAAAGCUUAUGGGAUUCAAGAUAUAGUUAUUAUAAAUUCUGAAAAAUUAAUAUUAAAGUAAAUAGAAAUUUAACAACAUGAAAAUUUUAAAUUUAAAGGAAUUCAUGAAUUAUUUGAGUGUUUAGAAUAAUCUAUUAUUAAUGAAUACUAUUAUCUUUCAAUCAGUAUUUAUGAUGUGCCUAUAAUUGAAAUCACAAAUUUAAUAAUUUAAAAGGCUGAAUCAAUUAAUUACCCUAUAAUUGAUAUUAAAACUUCUAUUUUAAAGACUAAAACGAAAAAUAUCAUUCAGCUUUCAGAAUUGCAUUUUAAGGAAAAUCUAAUUUUGAUAACAAAUAAAAUUAAAUAAGCAUCCCUAUUUUAAAUAUCAUCUGCAGAAGAUUAUUAAAUAGAAAUUAAGAAUUCAAAUUUUGAAAAAAACAUUAUGCAUCAAUAUAUUUAAAUCGAUUUAAGUAAUUCAGGCCUUUUAUUUAAUUUUGAUUGUUAGCAUUGUACCAUACUUUUAAUCGAUCUAAAUUUUACACAAAAUAUUGCUAUAAACACUUUCAAUAGUAUUUUUUACAUUUAGGCAAAAUAUUUAUCAAUUUAGAAUUNUCCCAGAAUUACUUUUUAAACUAUUAUGCAAAAUGCAAAAAAUGUUUAUAUUUCAAACUUUAUUGUCUAAGAUUGCUCCAGAUAAUUUUAUAUUGAGUAUUUUAUUAAAAUAGAAAAAAUACAAUCAAAGUAAACUGUAAAAAUAGAGAAUUUCAAUGUUAUUUAUAGUUAAUUUUGGGAUUUACAUUUUUUUUGGUUUGAUCUCAAAAAAGAUGAUUUAGUAGAAUUGAAUUAUAUAUAUAUUGAGACAUCACUUUUUAAUAUGGGAUUUAUAAACUAAACUAAUGGUGAAUUGAGAAUUUUCUAAAUGAAGAUUAGUUAUUCUGAUUUUUAUUCUAAUAAUGGCUUGUUUUUAAUUAAAAAUUUAUAAUACUUCAAUUUUGAUUCAUUAGAAUUUAUUUCAAAUACAGUACACUAUGGUAAAAUAAUCGCUAUUAAUAAUUAUUCAGAUUUGAUGAAUUUAAACUUUAGCUUAAAUUAGUUUAAAGAUGGUGCAUAGUUAAUUGUUAAUGAUAAAGUUGAAAUUUUUUAUAUCUAUAUUGGGAACCUUGGAUUCUAUUUAAAUAAAUAUCAUGAAAAUGCAAGAUUUAUAAAAUUUACUUAAAAUAUAAUACCUAAUAGAGAAUUAAUAAUAAACAAGCUAUCAAUAGUUGCUAACAAAUUCAUGUAAUAACCACUACAAACAGUUUUUGAUAAUUUAGAAAUGAGUUUAAUAUAUUUAGACGUAAUUUCAAUUAAAAUUGAUCAGUUAAUCAUUCAAAAAGCUUAUGGAAUUCAAGAUAUAGUUAUUAUAAAUUCUAAUAAAUUAAUAUUAAAUUAAAUUGAGAUUUAACAACACGAAAAUUUUAAAUUUAAAGGAAUUCAUGAAUAAUUUGAUUGUUUAGAAUAAUCUAUUAUUAACGAAUACUAUUAUCUUUCCAUUAGUAUUUAUGAUGUACCUAUUAUUGAAAUCACAAAUUUAAUAAUUUAAAAGGCCGAAUCAAUUAAUUACCCUAUAAUUGAUAUUAAAACUUCUAUCUUAAAAACUAAAACGACAAAUAUCAUUCAGCUUUCAGAAUUGCUUUUCAAAGAAAAUUUACUUUUGAUAACAAAUAAAAUUAAAUAAGCAUCAAUAUUGUAAAUAUCAUCUGCAGAAGAUUAUCAAAUAGAAAUUAAGAAUUCAAAUUUUGAAAAAAACGUUAUGCAUCAAUAUAUAUAAAUGGAUUUAAGUAAUUCAGGCCUUUUAUUUAAUUUUGAUUGUUAGCAUUGUACCAUACUUUUAAUCGAUCUAAAUUUUAAAUAAAAUAUUGCUACAAACACUUUAAAUAGUAUUUUUAACAUUUAGGCAAAAUAUUUAUCAAUUUAGAAUUCCAUUUUUGUUUAAAAUAACUAAUUUGAUUAUUUGCUCUUAUAACCUUAUCUAUAUUGGGGUUUCCAAGAAGAACAGGAAAUAUUUAUUGAACAAAUUAAAGAAAUAUUUCCAAUAAAAGUCUUAACUGGAAAUGGGAAAAUUGUUUGCUAAGAAAUAGUUAUAAGGAAUGUUUCAAUAUCUAAUUCUACUGGUUCUGGAUUACAUAUAAUUCUAGAAAAAGAAGCUUCAUUAAAAAUUUAUGAUACAAAUAUUAGUAGUUUAAGUACUAUAUUUUAGGAUGAUAACUAAGAUGGAGGAGCCUUUCUAAUUGAUACAUCAAUUUCAUCUUCUACAAAUAUAUACUUUUAAAAUAUUAAUGCUUAAGAUAUAUUUUGUCAGAAUCGAGGAGGUCUAAUUUAUAUAUAAAGUGGAUUAGGAAAAAUUAUUAUAAAUUUACAAGAUAUUACCUUAACAGAUGUGUAUUCAUUGAAAGGAUCCAUCCUAUUUUGUGAAUUUUCUGCAUCCACAAAAUUGUCAUAACAAUUUAUGCUUAAUCAUUUGGAGAUGACAAACUCAAUUUAAGGAUAUUUAAGAUUUCUUAACAGAUUUAGUAUAACGAAUAGUAAAUCACUAAUAUAAUAAUAAUUUGAAAGAAGUUUAUUUGAAUUAGCUUAUGCCAAGUUGAUUAGUAUAAAAAACAUUAUUCUGUUUUCAUUAAAUUAUGAAUCACUAGCAAUUAUAUCCCAAACAUCAAACUUAGAAAUCUCAAAUUCAAUAAUCUCAAAUUCAACCUUUUUGAAUUCAUUACUUAUAGUAAAUUCAAUGAAUAACUAAUCUAAAUUAAGGUUAGUAGAUUUUUAAGUAAUCAACGCAGAGAUAUAACAUUAAAUCCCUAUUCUAGAAAAAUGUAUUCAGAAUUAAGCUUUUAAUUAAAUAAAAUAGGUUUGCUCUAAUGAUAAUAGUUUAAAAGAAUCCCCUAAUAAUUUGAAGCAUUUUUUAAAUUAGGAUAUUAUUAGCAAUGCACAUUGUAUAAUUAAUCAAAUGAAUUUACAAUUAAAAAAAUAGACUUCUAGUCUAUUAGAUAUUUUUCCUUAAAAUUCAUAAAUAUAUAUUUCUGGAUUGCAAUUAAGAAAUAUUAAUUGUACAAUUUGUUAAAAAGGGUUGGUAAAUGUUAACAUUUAUGAUAAUCAAAGUAUUUUAGUAAUGAAUUCAGUUAGUUUUUAUGAUAAUUAUUGUGGAAAAUAAAGUUGCUUAAAUAUAGUAAAAUCUAUUUCAACAUAUAGAAUUUUGUAGUCUUUAAUUUACAUUAUCAAUAAAAAAUAAUAUGAUGUUAGAUUACAAAAAUUUUAAUGUAUUAGAAAUUUUGCAAAUAAAGGUACAUGUCUCUAAAUUUAAGAUGCCAAAAUUUUAAUAGAAGAUUCUAUUUUACAAAAUAAUACAGCAGAAUAAUAAGGUGGAUCUAUUUAUGUUAUUGGCCAUUAAAGUUUGUUUAUUAUAAACUCUGUCAUCUAAUAUAAUAAAGCUCUAUUUGGUGGAGGAUUGUUCUUAAAAGAUUAGAUUUUCUAAAAUCUAAUUUAAUAAGAAACAAUAAUAAAUGAGAAUAUUGCAGCUCAAUUUGGUGAUAAUUUUGUUUAGCCACCUUCUUAAUUAUCAGUCUCAAUUGAUUUAAAAAAUAAGUUACCUAAAAUUAAAAUAAUAGAGAAAGAUAAUCUUUUGGUUGAAGAAAUUUAAAUUGGAAAAUAUUAAUUAUUUUCUCAUAACUAUUCUAAUAUUUUAUAUGUUCCUAAUGGAUAAACUAUGUCUAAAUACUAAUAUUUUGAUUGGAGAAAUUAAAUUUAUAUUGGCUAUAAUUUGCAUCUCAGAUUAAUACCUUUAGAUGCUUACAACAAUGUCUAAGAAAAUUUAGAAAAUACUGAAUGUUUAAUAAGCGGUCGGUUACUAAUCGAAAAUGAAGAUUAAAAUUUGACUGAAAAUUUCACUGAAAACUUUACUAACUUUAAUUCAGUUUUAUUUAGUAAGUCUGAUUACAACUUUGAUAAUAUCACUUUUUUCUUAGAUGAUUAAUUAAAUAUGACUCUAUAAAUUUAAUUUCAUUGCAAUUCAAUUUUCACUCCUAUUUAUGGUAAAGCUCAAGAAAUAUUAGGUUAUCAUAAUAACUAUUUUUUAAGAAUGAACAUUAAAUCGCUACCUUGUUAAUUAGGAGAAAUAAAAAGUCUUUUUGAUUAUACUUGUGUACUUUGUAAUGCUACUUAAGGUUUGUAUUCCUUAGUUCUGAAUUCAAAUACUUGUUCUUAAAAAGAUGAUGUUACUACAAGUGAAAUUAAAUCAGCUUAGUUAAAAUUAAAGCAUGGUUUUUGGAGACCUUAUUUUGAUACUGAUGAAAUUAGCCAAUGUAUCAAUUUACUUUAUAAUUGCAAUGGCGGAUGGAGUGAAGGCGAUACAUCUUGUUUUUAAGGUCAUAUUGGAGCAUUAUGCGAAGAAUGUGACAUAUAUAACAUAAGAGGUUUCGGACAUUUUUCAACAAGUACCAAGUAUUCAUGUGGCUCAUGUGUUGAAUAGAGUAAAAAUAUUUUUGUUAUCACAGGCAUUAGCUUAUGGUAUAUAUUUUCAUUAUUUUAAGGNGGUUAGUAGAUUUUUAAGUUAUCAAUGCAGAGAUAUAACAUUAAAUCCCUAUUCUAGAAAAAUGUAUUCAGAAUUAAGCUUUUGAUUAAAUAAAAUAGAUUUGCUCUUAUGAUAAUAGUUUAAAAGAAUCCCCUAUUGAUUUGAAGUAUUUUAAAAAUUAGGAUAGUGUUAGGAAUGCAUAUUGUAUAAUUUAUCAAAUGAAUUUACAAUAAAAAAAAUAGAUAUCUAGUCUAUUAGAUAUUUUUCCUUAAAAUUCAUAAAUACAUAUUUCAAAAUUGCAAUUAAGAAAUAUUAAUUGUACAAUUUGUUAAAAAGGGCUGGUAAAUGUUAACAUUUAUGAUAAUCUAAGUAUGUUCGUAAUGAAUUCAGUGAAUUUUUAUGAUAAUUAUUGUGGAAAAUAAAGUUGCUUAAAUAUAGUAAAAUCUUUUUCAACCUACAGAAUUUUGCAGUCUUUAAUUUACAUCAUCAAUGAAAAACAAUAUGAUGUUAAAUUACAAAAAUUUUAAUGCAUUAGAAACUUUGCAAACAAAGGUACAUGUCUCUAAAUUUAGGAUAUCAAAAUAUUAAUAGAAGAUUCUAUUUUACAAAAUAAUACAGCAGAAUAAUAAGGUGGAUCUAUUUAUGUUAUUGGCCAUAAAAGUUUUUUUAUUUUGAACUCUGUCAUCUAAUAUAAUAAAGCUAUAUUUGGUGGAGGAUUGUUCUUAAAAGAUUAGAUUUCCUAAAAUGUAAUUUAAUAAGAAACAAUAAUACAUGAAAAUAUUGCAGCUCAAUUUGGUGAUAAUUUUGUUUAGCCUCCUUGUUAAUUAUCAGUUUCAAUUGAUUUAAAAAAUUAGUUACCUAAAAUUAAAAUAAUAGAGAAGGAUAACCUUUUAGUGGAAUAAAUUUAAAUUGGAAAAUAUUAAUUAUUUGUUAAUAAUUAUUCUAAUAUAUUAUAUGUUCCUAAUGGAUAAACUAUGUCUCAAUACUAAUAUUUUGAUUGGAGGAAUUAAGUUUAUAUAGGAUAUAAUUUGCAUCUCAGAUUAAUACCUUUAGAUGCUUACAACAAUGUCUAAGAAAAUUUAAAUAAUACUGAAUGUUUAAUAAGCGGUCGGUUACUAAUCGAAAAUGAAGAUUAAAAUUUCACUCAAAACUUUACUAACAUUAAUUCAGUAUUAUUCAGUAAGUCUGAUUACAAUUUUGAUAAUAUCACUUUUUUCUUAGAUGAUCAAUUAAAUAUGUCUUUAUAAAUUUAAUUUCAUUGCAAUUCAAUAUUCACUCCUAUUUAUGGUAAUGAUCAAGAAAUAUUAGGAUAUCAUAAUAACUAUUUUUUAAGAAUGAACAUUAAAUCACUACCCUGCUAAUUAGGAGAAAUAAAAAGUCUUUUUGAUAAUACUUGUGUUCUUUGUAAUGCUACUUAAGGUCUGUAUUCCUUAGUUCUAAAUUCAAAUACUUGUUCUUAGAAAGAUGAUGUUACUACAAGCGAAAUUAAAUCAGCUUAAUUAAAAUUAAAGCAUGGGUUUUGGAGACCUUAUUUCGAUACUGAUGAUAUUAGCUAAUGUAUCAAUUUACUUUAUAAUUGCAAUGGCGGAUGGAGUGAAGGUGAUACAUCUUGUUUUUAAGGUCAUAUUGGAGCAUUAUGUGAAGAAUGUGACAUAUAUAACUUAAGAGGUUUUGGACAUUAUUCUACAAGUACCAAGUAUUCAUGUGGCUCAUGUGUUGAAUAAAGUAAAAAUAUAAUUGUUAUUACAGGCAUUAGCUUAUGGUAUAUAUGUUAAUUAUCUUAAGGACUUUAAUAUCGAUUUUAAUCACAGUUAGGAGUAAUAUUUCAUUAAAUGAACAAAUGA